AUGGAGCAGAUUCCCUGUGCUUACGCUCUUGACCCGGGAUCCUGGGCCCACGCGGCUGAAUAUGUAAUACAAGAGGCUCGCCACGGCCAGAACAGCGCCUCUUCUGUUGGGCCGCCUUCCAUCAGUCACUCCCCCAGACCUGGCGUGACCCCGGCACAUGAGGGCCAGCUGUGUGCGGGGGGCCCCUCACCGCACAGCCUGGACUGGAGGAUGCCUGGAGGAGGCUGGGGGGGCAAAACAGAGGACGAUAUAUGA